AUGUCUCAACUCACUCCUGAAGUUACAUGGGCCCAGCGCUCAUCCAGCUCAGACCCUGAGCGCAACUACCUCUACGUCAAUAUCAAGACCCCCGAUGUCGCGAAGUCGGCCGCGGAUCUCAAGAUCACCGCUACCAAUGUCUCAUUCACCGGAGAGACCAACAAGGGCGUAAAAUACCACGUCUCUCUCGACCUAUACGCCGAGAUCGACCCCGAAAACAGCAAGGUCAACCACACUGACCGCGAGGUCGAGCUGGUAUUGCGGAAGAAGGAGCUUAAGGAGGAGUACUGGCCCCGUCUGGUGAAGGACACGCAGAAGCUCCACUUCUUGAAGACGGAUUUCGACAAGUGGGUUGACGAGGAUGAGCAAGAUGAGGCCGGCGACGAUGACUACGCAAAUAACUUUGGUGGAUUCGAGGGGCUUGACCAGGGCGGUCUUGGAAACAUCGAUUUCUCCAAGCUCGGUGCCAACCUUGGCGGGGGCGCCGAGGGUGCUGAGGGCGAAGAAUCAGACGAGGAACUGCCCGAGCUCGAGGGUGAUAGCAAGGCCGAGGGAGAGGCCAAGUCCCCUAAGAUCCAGGAAGUCUCUUAA